CCUCCGGUUAACGCUAACCGGCUACCCGUCUUGUUUAUGUUUCGCCUUUUGUUUAAGAGGCUUCUUUUUUAAAUAGGAUUUUCAAGCUAGGAAAGAUUCCAAAUUUUGUGAAGAAAAGUAACUGAUAGUUGUAUUCGCAAUUGCCCUUUCUGUAAAUGAUUUUUUAUCGUGUUUUAAUUUAAAAUCCUAUAUUUCUGAUACGUAAAAUAUUUUUACAUCGAUAAUUCAUAUAGGUUAAAAAGAUUUUUUGAGACAUUUAUCUUCACAAUGACGUUUUAUCAUCAAACACUUUACGAUGCCACAAAUAUAACUCAAGCAACAGUAGGCAAUUUUCUUAAUGGAAACAAAGAAGACAUCCUUAUAUGUACUGGGAAAGUUUUAAAAUUACUGAGGUUUGAACCACGCUAUGCUAUGCUUCACACCAUGAUAUCUGUGGAUAUUUUUGAUACUGUUUGUGCCAUGGGGAAGUUUCGCAAGAAAAGACAAUUCAAAGAUUCGAUAGUGAUUACAACAGAGAGGGGAUUUGUAAUUGUUUUAGUUGUUAAUGAUAAAAAAAUGGCAUUUGAAUGGAUUAUUGAAAAACAGUUAAAAAUUGACAUUCCAAGAAAAUUUCUUCUGCAUUAUUUGACUUUUGAUUUUCAAGGACGUGCUUUUUGUACAGCUGCAAUUGAAGCAAUGCAAUUUUGGAUUUAUCAUGGCAAAGACAACAGAAAUUUGGCUUAUAUGGAAUUUUCUGUAGACAAUACUGUUAUUUAUGACAUAACUUUUGUGGAUGAUAACUCAGAAAAUUUUGUUUUAGCAUAUUUAGCAGCUUCUUAUGAGUACGAAAUUGGAAAGAGACCAAAUUGCAGGCUGAUUUUUUCUAACAUUAGUAAAGAUGGUGAAGAGGGAGAAAGAGAUAUCAUAUUUAUAGAUCAUGCCAACUCUUUAAUAUCAGUUCCUGGUGAAAAAGGUGUACUGGUUUGUUCAGAAAAUUUUCUUACUUACUAUCCUAUGAAUCUACAAGAUGGUAUUGUUCGUUGUUCUAUUCCCAAAAGAAUAACUGAUCCUCUAGCCAAUGUUAUCUUUGUGUGUUUUACGAAAUACAAUGUAAAGACGGAUCCUAAUCUGCUGAAUGAACCAUCUACAGCUGAUGCAUCUUCUAUACAAAAUAAGAAAAAGUCCAUUUACUACUUUGCUCAGACUGAACAAGGAGAUAUCUUCAAAAUCCAGGUUGUUGUCAAUGAGCGUGGGGUGAAUGAAAUAAUACUAAAAUAUUUUAUCACCCUGCCUCUUGCAACUGCAUUAUGCGUUUUAGAAGGUGAAUUCCUCUUUGUCGUCUCUGAAUCUCAUAACCAUUAUGUUUACAAAAUAGCUGAUAUAGAAAAUGAUGCAAAGGUCCAUAGUUCUUUCAGCAGUUCCCUACCUCUCCCGGAAGGCAAACAUUUCUUUUUCAUGCAUCGCACACUGGAUAUUGCGCCAGUAUCUGAAAUAAAGAGUAUAUCUCCUAUCAUGCAAUUUGCAUUUUCACCCUGUUCAGCCAAGAAAUAUCAAUGGUGUUUGGCAAGUGGUCGAGGAUCUUUAUCUAAAUUAACGAUCUCUGAGCGAGAUGUUAUUUAUCAAUUUCAUACAAAAAUAGAAAAGGAAAAAGAUGAGAGACCCAUAGAUAUGUGGGCAGUAGAAAGUAUACCAAGUAUAAGUCAGGAAGCAGAAAUGCUCAUAGUUAUAUCUUUUGUAGAGACAACUGCUGUAUAUGCUGUAAAAAAUAAUUCAGCAUAUUUUAAAAGAAUUGUAAAAGAAGAAGCACUAUUGGCUUUAAAUUCAAAUACCCUAUACUGUGCCAAGAUUGGUGAAGAUGCUAUUAUUCAGGUAUGCCCUGUAGGGGUCUGUCUCAUCACAGCUAAAAAGAAUCAUCUUGUUGUUCCAGUUAAGGAGAAUUUAAUUCAUGCUUGUACAAUGAACAAGCAAACUCUCAUUUUAGCUUAUAGAGAUAGAUUUUUGGAGCCUCGUAAAAUUGGCGAGAAUGGUUCUUUAUUGGAUUCCAAAAUUCCCAGUUGGGAAGUCAAUGGAAAUGUCACCUGUUUGCUUUUGUCUGCCAAUAGUGGAAAUGACCAGCUGUUGGCAGUUGGCCUUUGCACUUCUAAUCCUGUUGUGUCUGAAGUUCAUUUAUUUAAUGUUUUUCCAGAAACAAGACUUCUAUGCAAGCUGUGUGUGGAAAGUUCUCCUUAUUCUUUUUGUUUUAUGAAUAUAGAUCCUAAUCAACCAUCUUUCUUGGUUGGUUGUGAGAAUGGAAAGGUGCUUACUAUUGUUAUGGAAAAGACAUAUAAGGGAUGUCAACUUAAUAUAAUGAAGAUUGAAGCUGUUGGCGCAAGAUCUGUGCGGUUACUGCAAGUGUGUGCUGAUGAGAAACAAAGUGUUCUAGCAAUCUCAGACGAAUCUUGGUGCAAAGAAACUGUUGAUGAGGAUUUCACUCAAGUAAGAGUAGCACUUUUUUGGUGCAUUUGUUUUAUACCAAAGCUUGAAAGUGUAGCAACAGUUUCUGACGCUUUAUUGAGGGCCGUUGAAGUGGAAAAUCUCCACUGUAAACCUCAAGUUACCAUUCCUUUGGAUUAUACUCCUAAGAAAUUAGUUACUGAUCCUCUUUCUGGAAAUAUUAUCAUCAUCGAAAGUGAUAAUAACAGUUAUACUGAAGAAACAAAGGAAAAAAAGAGAAAGGAACUUGAAAUGCAUAUAGCUGCAGCUAAAAACCCACAUUCGACCUCACGUCCACCUGCUGUUGAGAAGAUUCCAAAAUCAUGGGCUUCCCUUAUAAGAGUUAUAAAAUUUCAUGAGGGAAAUGUGAAAGAAGUUGCGGAAAUACGUGCGAAACAACGCGAAGCAGCUUUGAGUCUUUGUUAUUUUAAACAAGGCAACGAUAAUCUCCUUUUGGUGGGAUUGGCUAAAGAUUUUAAUUCUUCUUAUGGAUGCUGCGCAGAAGGAGCAAUACAAACAUUCCAAAUUUUGGAGGAGGGGCAAAUUAUCAAAUUUUUACACAAAACACAUACAAAAAGUGCCCCUUUAGCUAUGUGCUGUUAUGAAAAAAAAGUAUUAAUUGGAAUUGGAAGGAAACUUGCACUUUAUUCUGUAAGGCUUGAUGGAUUACAGCUAGUAUGUGAGGAAAAGGAAUGUGUGUUCCGAGCUAUAACAGCCAUAUAUCCUGUUGAUGAAAGAAUUUGGGUCAAUGAUUUGAAAUGUGGCAUGUCUUGUUUAUUGUACGAAUCAAGAGAAACUUUAAUCCACAUUAAAGGAAAAAAAGAAAAGAUCAAGAAAGUGGCCUUGCAUUUAUUAGAAAAAGAUAUAAAACCUAACGAAGUAACAGCAGCCUGUAUUUUAAGUGGUGAUCGAAUGGUUCGAGCUACUAUAUCUGGAAACAUUUUUAUAGUUCAACUUGGGACUUUGCAGGCCCAAAACAAUUCUAAAGUGGUUAAAAAAACUACUCCUGUCAUUACACUUCCACUAAUUCAACGUGAGAUUUUGCCAGCCAAAAUUUUGACUAAAAGUGGAUCUAUCUUUACACUUUCUCAAGAAAAAUUGCUUGCUUGUAUUUAUCUUGGAGAAAUUGUGUCAUCCAUACAGACAUUUAAAUUUUCAAGUAAAGCAUAUGAAACUGUGGUGUAUGCAACUCUCUCGGGAUCUGUUGGAAUCUUAUCAGAACUUAAAUUGAAAGAGAAUGUAAGAUUUUUGGACUCAGUGUAUAAAGCUAUGUUGGCGACGACAAAAGGAGUUGAGAGAAGCAGCACCGAUUUUCUUUGCUCACAUGCAAAGUUUCGUUCACAGUAUUAUCAAUGCCAGAAUGUAAUUGAUGGAGAUUAUCUUGGUCAUUUUGUAAAAUUGGACAAAGGACUUCGAUGUUAUGUUAAAAAUCAAGUCGGAAAAACCCCUCAAGAGAUAUUGGCUAAAAUUGAAAGCACAAGAAGAGAUUGUUUGCUAGAUUUUUUAUUUUAAAUGUUAUCAAUUCUGAUUUUAAAGCAAUUAUGUUUUAAUAUUACUUUUAAACAAUAUUAGUUGUCUCUGUUCACGCAUUAAUGUGCUGUCCUUUUUCAGCAUAUUUAUUUUAUCUCUUUAUUCUAUGAAUGAAAUAAAAGGAAAUAUAUAUAUAUCAUUUCAACUUCUCUAUUCAUUUUGUAAGACUUUCUUGCACAAACUCUAUGCUCUGGUUUUUCAAACUUGUCAUUAGUGGUGUAAAGUUUUGAAUUAAUCAAUUACUCGUAAAAUGCUAUCUGACAGGAAUGAGUGUGAAGAAAUUGUCAGUUGUUUAUUCAGAAGGGAACAUAUUAUUUGUCUGUUAAAAUAAUACUCAAAUAGUGCAAAUCAAGAGUUAAAAUAUUCACAUUAUUCAGUUAAAAAUUAUUUUCUGUUUUCAACUAAUAAAAAAUUAACUCCUGAAUUAUUACAAAACUUUCAUUAAAACAUUUCUUCAGUAUUUUUCCUGCUGAGAGAAUUCUAUGAUGAGAAGAUGAGAUCUGCAAGUAAAUGGAUUCUUGCUUCACUACUAUAUAAGCAGGGAUGUGAGAUUAAAUUACCUCCAUUCAAAUGUCAGAACAUACCUUUUAUGAUUGUGUUGGGCCUUGACAUAAGAUGGCCCUUAGGAUGCUAUCCUCAAUUUUCACCAUUUCCAUAUAACCAAGGACAAUGGGAUAAUUCCUUCAUGGUGUAUAUGAGCUAAAAUUGAAAUCAUUGCAACACAUAUUCAUAGCAGAAGUUGUCACAUAUUAAAUCAGUUGUUAAAAGUUGUAUAAACUUGUAUGGGGAAAAAAAAGAUUCAUUUAAUAUUAGCAGUUGGCAGAAUCCUGACAAAAAAAUCUUUCUGCUGUCUGCAACUUUAUUUUAAAGAGAGAAAAAUCUGUAGCAUUAUAGAAUUUCAAAAUUUCUUGAAAGAUUUCUAAUAAUCCCAAGUAAUUUUUAAUAAUUACAAUUCUUUUCAUAAGUGUUAAUAUUUUUUAAGAAGUAUAUAAACUUUAAGUAAAUAUUUUAAGUGGCAAUUCAAAUAUUUAAUGGCAACAUAAAAUAGAAAAGUAGCCAUUUUGAAUGGUAAUUUAAACCUCCUGCCAUCAUUAAAAGCAAUAUUCCAAAUUUUGAAUAAAUUUUUAAGUAGUAAAAACCUUUAAAUAGUUUUUAAGUUAAA